AUGAACAUCACAAACGGUACCCUGGCGCAGGAGCGAUGCGCCGGUGACAAUGGAAUACCUACCCUGCCUUAUCCGUAUUACUGCGCCACCACCAUCUGGCAACAAGGAUUCAAUCGGACACAAAAUCCUUACGGUUAUUUAGUGAUGUGCUGCAAAAGCAAUCAGUACAGCUACUUCGGCGAGAAUAACUGUGCCGCUUACUGCAAUGCGACCAAGGAAACUCAGUCAACUCUGAUGGACUGUCUUACUAUGGGUCACCAUCUUGAGUUCGUUGUUUGUGGUUCGGGGAAGGCGUCUGGAUCUACGUCGAGCUCAAUGCCCAGCUUAAAAUCCUAUCUUGUUUUGGCUGUGGUUCUCAGCGGCCUUUUGCAACUUUGA